GAAACGCAGUGGGGCACGGCGAGACGUCAGUAGCGCUAGUGUAAUAUUCCUUGCCGGUUCUUGGUGCGCACUAGAAACAAGACGUGUGCGAUUACCACGCGUUGCGAUCUAACCGGAUCUUACGCCGGAGCUCGGUGUCGAUUGAAGAAAAGUGCUUUACUUCCACACUCUUGUCUCGCGACUCCAGUAAAUUUGCACAGAGAAGAACGCGCGUACAAAAAUGACAAGAAAUAUCAGCGUCUUGCUGAUUAGUACGCUGUUGAUAAUUGUCAGCAUGAGAGGAAGCGGCGCAGAUUGGGCGAGCGACUUGUCGCGCGACAUCAAUCGGAUGACCCAAGAUAUUAACAGCCAAGUUCAAAGUUUCACUCGUAAUUUGCAUACGAACGUAGUGCAACCUGCAAUCGAACAAGCUAACAGAGCGAUUGAAAAUUUGCCGAAAGAUGCGCAAGGACAUAUAAUAUCAAGUGGCAAUACCAUGAUCUUCAAUUCUGGAAAUGGUGUAACAAAAUCGGUUCUUUCCGGUCGAACGCCAGACGGAGAACCUUAUGUCCGCAAUAUCGAGGAGUAUUACAGAGGAAAUGUUCUUUAUCACAAUGAAACUUUAUACAAUCCAAAAACUAAAACAACCAAGAAAUUUAGCUGGAAGUUGGAUCUCGCAACUCCAGGCGCAACUCCUCAACUCAUUCAGGACGAAUAGAAACAAGCGGACACACACAAUCCGUAGUUACCGUGUCCCUCUCGCUUUUUAUUCUAUAAAGUUUAUAACCACAACAUUUGCUAUCUCUUAUGAAUUACUUUAAUAUCUACAGGAUAUAUCCUGUUAUGCACGUUACAACUUUAUUUUAUGUACGUAUAUCCAGCUGAAUAAAUAAGUACAUCGA